AUGUCGUUGGUUUAUCUCGUGCUCGGCCAGGCUUGGGGAGUUUCUCUGUGGUUUGGGGAUAGUUCCCGCCUCGCGAUGGGCCGGGUCCUGACAGUUAGGGGCGAUGGGUAA